GCUCGAUGCAGCAUAGUAUUCGAACAUCAAAGUGUGUCAUCGUCAUGGUGACCCUGUUUUGAACAUACAAACUCCGCCGAUGCGGGUGCGCUAGUGCUAAAGUUUAUGCAGAAAUCUUGUUAAGAACCUGGUUACAUAAGGUGGAUGUGGAGCUUGUGUAGUCCUUAUAGCAACCUAUAAUCCAACAAAAGAUGAAGUGACCGAAUUCUCCGCAAGUUCAUGCCUGGCCCUGCUCUACAGCAUAAAUCUCUGCUCAGUCAUCACCACCGAAAGCCUGGGAAAUACACAAGAUGGCUUCCAUUCUAUUCACAAAAGAAUGUCCGGGUUCCAUGGUUCUCAGUGCGGCUUCUGCACUCCCGGCAUGUGCAUGUCUAUUUUCACUUCUCUUGCCAAUGCUGACAAGUCCAAGAAGCCCGAACCACGAAAGGGGUUCUCAAAGUUGACGGUAUCUGAAGCAGAAAGGGCUUUCUCAGGCAACAUGUGUAGAUGUACCGGCUACCGACCGAUCGCGUGCAAAAGUUUUGUUUCAGAUGUUGACCUGGAGGAUUUGGGCCUCAAUAUAUUCUGGAAGAAAGGUGAUAAGGACGCCGACGUCAGCAAGUUGCCAGCUUACACUCUUGGUGGUGGAGUCUGCACUUUCCCGGACUUCCUGAAAUCCGAGAUAAAAUCUUCGCUCCUUCAUCUAACUGAUGUUUCAGAUGUCACGGUCUCCGGGGUGGGUUGGUAUCAUCCUAAAAGCAUUGGGCAGUAUUAUGACUUGCUGAACUCUGGCAUUUUUAGUGACUGCACAGUUAAAGUGGUUGUCGGGAACACAAGUUCUGGUGUCAAGGGAUACAAGGAUCGGGAUCUAUAUAACAAGUAUAUUGACAUCGGUGACAUUCCUGAACUUUCAGCUGUUUGGAAGAAAGACAGUGGCUUUGAAAUCGGAGCAGCUACACCAAUUUCUAAAACUAUUGAGAUACUCGAGCAAGAAGCUAGAUCUACAUCAUGUGCAAAUGGAAGUGUGGUUUUCAGAAAACUCGCUGAGCACAUGAGCAAGGUGGCCACACCAUUUGUCCGCAACACAGCAAGCCUUGGUGGGAACAUAAUUCUAGCACAGAAAUACCCGUUUCCCUCGGACAUCGCGACCAUACUUCUUGGUGCUGCUUCAACUGUUCGUCUUCAGGUUUAUUCAGAAACACUAGAGGUAACUUUUGAAGAGUUUCUGGAGCAGCCUCCUCUUGAUCCCAGUACAUUGCUCCUGAGCAUAUUUAUUCCACAUUGGGCUUCAGAUUCUCAGAAAGAAAGUAAGGUGAUCUUCGAAACUUACCGAGCGGCACCUCGCCCUCUUGGCAAUGUUGUUUCAUAUGUUACCCACGGAAAGCUGAGGAAUUAA